AGCGAAGCGAGCUAGAGGACACUGAACGCACCGCCGGGACGCUGCAGGAGCAAAAGUGUUAAAAACAACCGGGUCUUCCUGCGCAAACAAGACCAGAACGGAUAUAUGAUGCGUAGUACUUCAUCAAAAAUUUAAAAGUGAGCUGUCUUUUUACCUACAACGACGCUGGGACCGAAUCUAUUUUCUGCACAGAGACCUCUGAGUUUGUUCCAUCAUCCACAGGAUGCAUAUGAAUAGCUUAUUAAAUCAAUGGAUGGACAUCUCCAGGAUGUGUGAUGUAGAUGUGUCCUCAGAGCCCACCAGUCCCACCCUGUACGGUGAGUCUUCAGACAAGUACUACCAUGUGGACCGCUGGCAGAAGCUCCGCACCGCCGUCCGCAAACUGGAGUUCUGGGAAAACUUUACAGCUGAGCUAAUCGGAAGCGGCUUUUUCUCCAAAGUCUAUAAGGUGAUGCACAGCACCAGUCGGAAAGUGAUGGUGGUCAAGAUCUACAAAAAUGACGUGGACCAAGACAGCAUCGUACGAGAGAUCAGCCUGCUGCAGAAACUCUCCCACCCCAACAUCGUCAGAUAUCUUGGAAUCUGUGUCAAAGAAGACAAACUCUAUCCGAUUUUAGAGUAUGUAAAUGGUGGCUGUCUGGAGGAGCUUCUGGCCAGGAAAGAUGUUCCCCUGUGCUGGAGAGAGAAGGUGGACCUGGCCUCUGACAUAAGCAGAGGGAUGAUCUACCUGCACUACAAGAACAUUUACCACAGAGACCUCAACUCAAAGACCGUUGCCUUCCUUGGCACAGAGAACUGUCUGAUCCGGGUGACGUCUCGGGGACGGGAGGCCCUGGUGACCGACUUUGGCCUUGCCAGGGAGGUUGUGGAGCUGCCGGUUAAGGAUCCCAGCAGGAAGCUCUCACUGGUGGGCUCAGCCUUUUGGAUGGCCCCAGAGAUGCUCCGAGGGGAGCCAUAUGACCGCAAGGUGGAUGUUUUCUCCUUUGGCAUUGUGCUCUGUGAAAUCCUGGCCAGGAUUCCUGCCGACCCAGAGAUACUACCCAGAACACAGGACUAUGGGCUGGAUGUGAAUGCGUUCAGGGAGUUGGUCACCGACUGUCCUCAGCGUCUUCUGGAGUUAGCAGCCCGCUGCUGUAUGCUGGAGUCCUUCAGACGGCCAGCGUUCACAGAGCUGCUGGAUGAGCUGGGGGAAGUUGCUGAGACCCUGGAGCCGCCGCCAAAAUCUGAUCUGACCACAAGCUGAGUGGUCGGUCUGGGAAACCCACCUAUUCAGCAUCAAAACUAGGGGGUCUGGCAUUAUUCGACACUGUCUGGACGGGAAACUGGACUGAAUCUGAGCAAAAAAAACCACUUGAUCAGGUGCUCAGCCCUCUUUGGCAUCCCUCUCCCUCACUCUACUGCGCCACACAUGACCACGGUGGAACUUGUCUUCACUGAGGUGGUGCAUAUCCAGUAUUAGUUGUGUUUUCAGUGAGCAGUGGAAACUAUCCUGACUUCUCAUGGACACCAUGCUUUGACACAUUUGUGUAUAUUUAAAUAGCAGUUAGACUCAUAGGAGUGAAUAUACAGUCAAUCUGUUUUUCUGCCACACGUCUUGCUUAACUAAAAACCUACCCUGUCUUCCUUCUUCUGUUCCCCCCGGUUCUACGUGAGUGGUUUGUUUUGUAACCGACGAGACAGAUGAUCAAUCUGUUGAUGUGUUUUCUGCCUCCUCUGUCUACUUGCCCGUCCCUUAUGCAUCUGCAGGCCUGCACUCUGGUUCAGUGCUUCUCAACCAGGAAAAUUGCAUUUGUUGACUGAGUGAGAAUGCUCUGAUCUCUACUGGGACUUUCACAAAGAAAUCCCCGGCCAUUACUUCAUACGAGAUGGGAAACGAAACUGUUUCAGAAAACAGGACUAAGUAAACAGGAGCUGAGGAGAUUCUAAGUUGUUUGGACGUCCUGAAUAGUUGAACUUGAGGCAGAAACCUCAAACAUAACGAGGUCAUAACCACAUUUGCUCUGUGUUCUGCUUCACAAUUCAUAUUCAUGGUCAUAUUUAAUGUUGGUAUCAUAUUAAGCUUAUUAAUACUGAAAGACGCCAACAUAUGAUUCUUAAAGGGACAAAGAAAACACUGUUUUUAGGCCUUUACACUUUACUUAGCAUGAUGACUUUCCAUUUUUUAAGUUUACAAUGGAUUUUUCUCAAAAGAACCAUAAAGUUCUCAACAAUAAAAUCACAAAAAGCGGCUAUUUUCAGCAACCAUAUGCACAAUUUAAUGCUUUUUCCUUUGACAAAAUUUGUUUUUAUUUUCUAGAGUUUACUUUGAGCUGAGUAUGUGUGUAAAUAUUUUAGCUUUUCUCUUUUUUUUUUUUAAAUUCUUCCACCUUUUAGGGAUUUAAAAUGUCCAGAGUAUUUUAAGUUUACCAGUUUUGACUACUUUCUGGUUCGUGUGUGGUCUCGCAGUGAUUUUUCAGGCAGCUCCAAUACAAAAUGAACUCAGAAAAGCCACUUUUGGUUUGUCUCCUUUGAAACUAAUUCUGACUUUUUAAAUGGAGACAUGAAAGCUAGUUUUCAGGCUUCAGAGAUACAGGUUUAGUUUUCUUGCACAUAAACACGAAUGAUAAAAGAGUGAAAAAAUAUAGAAGAGAAUAAUGAAACCCAGAUAAAACACAGAAACCCCAGCAGGCUUUUACAUACAAAAAUAAUAUGAAAUUGGAAACAGACUCACCAAGGAGAAGAAUGUCUGAAAAGGCGAAAAUCAAAUUAUUCCAUAACUUUCGACAGGUUUCUGCAUUCAAGCUAAAUUAUCUCACUGUUUCAGUUUUCACAUUACAUCAUAAGAAAACUAAUG